UUCGAAUCCUCAUUUUGGCUCAAGCGUUCGCAUGCCGCGCCGCCUCGGCCUCCCGCCUCGGGAUGGCUGGCCUGCGCGCGGCUAGAGGGGCUGGCACGGCCGCCGACGACCUCGCGCUGCUGGUGCGCGCGGCGGUCCGCGGCGCUGUGGACGGCGGCGCGCCGCGCCGCACGGUCGCCGCAGUGGCGCGCUCUGCAGUCUCGGCCGCCGCGUUCGCGGCGCGGCCGACGACGCAAGCGCACGCUGCUGACGACCGACGUGACGAUCUUGCUGCUGAUGCCGUUGGCGAUGCCGCUCGCCCAGUUGGUGCCUCCGCGGAGGCGAAGCGGGCGCGGCGUCGGCGCCGCCGCGCGGCGCGCGCGGCUCGCAAGCAGCAGGAGAUGACCGACGGCGACGUGACGACGGCUGGUGCUGGCAGUACUGGUGCGGGCCUGGGGCUCGCCCUGCUGCCCACGGCGAUGGCGGUCGACGGCGCCGACGACGAAGACCUCGCCUCGUUGGUCGACGACUCCUGGGCUGACAGCCUGCCUGUCGGCGGGCGGCGGCGGCCUGGGCGGGGGCGCGAGGGCAGGUGGGUCGCGGAGGCGGUGGCUGCUGGCGCGGGCGGCACGGGCUCUGGCCUGGCCGCCGCGGCGGCCGCUCCCGCGGGCGCGGCGCUGGCCCUCGCGAGGGCCCCUGGCGGGGCGGCGGCGGCGGAAGCGGCGGAUCUCGCUCGCGGAGUGGGAGGAGCUGCUGGAGCUGCUGCGUGCGGCCUCGAGCGCGCCGGCCUGGCUGGCGGUGCCGAGCCACGGCGGCGUGGGCCGAGGCGCGCACGGGCGAAGGCGCAGGCGGAGGCGGCGAGGGCGGCGGCGGAGCUGGGCACGGCGCUCGCGGGAGCGGCGCCUGCUGGCGGCGGAACUGCUGCCUCGGAAGGCCCUGGGGAGGUCUUCGAGCGUGCCGACGGCCUCCUUCGGCAGGCGCCUGGCUACGGGCCUCAGCUCAGCGUGCAGCUUCGGCAGAUGCUGGAGUCCGUGAGCUGGAAGCCCGCCAGCGCCGUGUGAGGUGGGGAGUGCCUACGGUGGUCUGGGCCUUUUCAGGCUCGGCACGGGGUGGGUGGUGGCUCGCGUGGCCGCCUCACCUGACGGCGCACACCCACGCAGCGUGGCGAGCGCGCUGCAACUUGGAGGCCGCUGUUUGCGGAGCCUCCUGGCCGCAUUUUGCGGCUCUCGCCUUCUUGGCGGCGGGAUCGGCUCGUGUCGCACGGGCUGCCUGGUGUGAACAAAAAGGGUUUCGAAUCCUGUAAUAUGUAAAUAUGUGUAGAUGCACAACACACAUUGUGCCGCAUAGCGUGCGUGCACCACAUAGAUUGCACCGCGUAGAUAGCUCAGCACAGGUUGCGGCCACACAUAUUGCCAGAACACGCAAUGUUUGGGGCCCGCGCCAGCUGCGACGUCGCAUUCCCGGCUUCCUCCUCCGCUGCGGCCCCCCGCGGGGGGGCGCCUCUGGGCCCUGCCCUGCGGGGCCGUCGACCGUGGCCCCAGGGCGAAACGCUGCCCCACCCGGCGAGGGGCCGGGACGUCGGGGGCCCCUGGAUGGAGCAUGUCGUCGGAGGCACGGCUGCGGGUGGCGAUAGGUGGCGCGUGCAGCGCGGCGCUGCGGGCCCGCUCGCAAGGAA